UUCAUGAGUGUGGAGUAUAUUUUGAGAAGUAGAAAACGUUCUCGAAGUACUCGUAGCAUAUAUAAGAACGGUACCUCAGUACCUGUACUUUGACAUUUGGUCCAGAGUAAUCCGUCUAGAGAACCGCACAUGUAUGUACUUGUGGUUUUAUCUGAUAAUAAAAAAACCGAAAAGCGCUUGCACGGCAAUGAAAAGUGUUAUUAUCGUUGUCUCCGUUAUACCGUUAUGUGUUUUUACUUCUGAAUUUUUCGAUUUUUCUUAUCAGAAGCCAGUAAACAUAGAAACGCACGUCGAAAUAUUUAAUAUCUACGGUCUACGUUUAUCAAAGUUCGAUUUGAAAAUGAUUCCACUACUACCUGUUGUAAUUUUAGCAGUUGUCAAGAAUAGCUGGGUUGACAGUAAGCCACUUCCGGCGGCAAAUUUUUCCUUUGCCACUAAUCGUCUACUGGAUAUGUCGCACUCCUUAUCAGCGGAGACUAUAUUUUGGCAAGGAGGCGGGUACAAUUUUACCCUCACACAUCAGGAUUACGUUACGGAAGCCAAUCUCACUUUUCGCUCGGGCCACUUUAUUGCCGGUGAGCAUGGAGGCACGCAUCUGGAUAGUCCGUAUCAUCUCAAUUUUUCCGCGGACGGCAUGGCCGAUCUCACACUGCACCAGUUAACCGGUCCCGCAGUCCGUAUCGACAUUGUCGACAAGGUCAAAGCCAACCUGGAUUACCAGCUCAGUGUCGACGACAUUCAAGCCUUCGAGAACAAGUACGGCCGCAUCCCCGAAGGCGCCUUCGUCUUCAUGUACUCCGAAUGGGGUCAACGCUGGCCGGACUACCGGAAAGUCUAUAACACCGAAACCCUCGCCGACGGGCGGACCUAUCAUUACCCCGGCUUCCAUCCGGAAGCGACGGAAUUCCUGGUGCAGCAGCGUAACAUCCGCGGCAUCGGUGUGGACUCGCCGUCCACGGACAACGCCCGUUCCACGGAAACCAUGGGCGCCCACUUGGCGCUGGCCAAAGAGAACCGGCUGGGGAUCGAGCACGUGGCCAAUGUAGAUAAACUGCCGCCGGUGGGCGCUUUUGUCAUCCUGGCACCCAUGAAGAGCAAGGCCGGCACCGGCGCCCCGGUGCGGGUGAUUGCGGUGCUUCCGGAAUAGAAGACUGUGAAUUAUAAAUAAUUGCGCGAUGUUGCAGAAGAACGCUGUAGGGCUUGUUGUGAUUUUGUUAGUCAUGUAGUGCUUUGUCCCGCGCUUUGACAAUGACAGUAAACUUUUCUGUGGUUGAUGUUAUUGUGGGUUUUUAUGUGUCACUGAUCAUCCUGACUUUAUAUGUAUGAGAAAAAAAUUUAUUGCUCUUCGCUCUCCAGGUAUAAUUUGAAAGACAAAAAUUUUGAGAUGCGUUGCAGCCUUGUUGUUAGAAAUACCGAGAUACAAAAAGGG